GUCACUAUAAAUCACGUGUGUUCCUUGGACGACAGCCGCGCGCUUGGGCGGGGAAAAGACACGCUACGCGUUAAUCCGAACGGCUGGGCAAAGCAGCGCAUAGGUAACAGAGCCAAAGUCGGCUAUCGAGUGCUCCCAACCACCCAAUUUCCCUACUUGUGGACCUUUCUGGAGCAGUGAACCCCUCCUAACAAGGCUGGGCCUUUCCACGGCUGUUGUCUCACACAAUUGGGUGCUCAGAGGGGUUGCGCCUUAAGCCAAAAGAAUUCAAAAGUUCUUGUCCCGAGUUUUAGCAUACAUUCGGCGCAAAAACAAACAACCUGAAAGGGAGACAGUGUCGCAUGGAAAUCCGCACCUGUACAGUUGCCCCUCACGUACCAACUGACUCACUUGUACAUUUAUCAAAUAAUUCAUUUUUAAUCGCGCAAGACUUGUCAUCACUAUGCCACCGAAGACAGGAAAGGGCCGCAAGGUAACCGCUGUGCCGCGAGCAAAGGCGGACGGUGCCGGAAACGAAACCGCAGCUGCAGGCCCAUCUAGUGCAGCUGCAAAAGCUUCCCCUUCAACUAGAGGACGCAAGUCCACUGGAGGUGCUAAAGCGGGGAAGCGACCGGCUGGUCCAUCAAGAAAAUCAAAUGUCCAACCUGGAGAUCCCACCCCUCAGGGCCGCCAUCGCCGUUACAAACCGGGUACUGUUGCCCUCAAAGAAAUCCGCAAAUAUCAACGCUCUUAUGACCUCCUUAUCCGGAAGCUCCCAUUCGCAAGACUUGUGCGUGAGGUUGCAUUGGACCUACUCCCCGCAGAUGUGGGAUCCGAGUUGCGCUGGCAGUCGCAAGCCAUCAUGGCGCUGCAAGAGGCCGCGGAGGCCUUCCUUGUUCAUCUAUUCGAAGAUACCAACUUAUGUGCUCUACACGCAAAGCGAGUGACUAUCAUGCAGAAGGAUAUUCAACUUGCUCGGAGAAUCCGUGGCGCUUGGGGUGGAUUAGGCUGAACGCGCAUUUGGCCUUGAGACGCAGUUAAGAGAAACAAGCAUCCGGUGGAGAACGCACCUGGAGAGUUUGAAUCUCGAUCACUAUAAUUCCGUUGUUGUCUGGUUUUCUACAAUCUUGGCAUCCUCUAUUAUAUCUGACGGCAAUUUCCCUCCGAAUCUUGCUAGUUGGUGUAUAGGUUGCAGGCGUAUGGUCGGUUAUGGAGUUAUGUCCAGAGCAGGUCUUCUGAUUCGGUUUGUGUUGGGACCACCAUUGUGAUUUAUUGUCCAUGCCAAGGCUGCAGGAUCUGUCAGUGUGAUGUGAUCCGUGUAUAAUAGAACAUGGGUGUCUGCUGAGAGGAUCCCUUCUCGUCUUUUGAGAAGGGUUUUAGGAGAAGUUGUAUACUUCCCGGAAACUCAUCAUCGCAUACCUGAACAAAGGAAUUCUAAUUUUAUUGAUACGAACCCUAGCAGAACGUUCAUGUACAUCUCGUAGGUAGUCUACGUAGUGCCCAGUCGGGUACUGAUUACUAACCAGCAGGUUCAGG